AUGCGAGGCGUCAAGGAAAAGAAGCAAGAUGGCCUUUUCCAUUCCUUUUCCACUGAUUCUCCAGUAGUUGGGUAUGGAGUUUCAAAAGUUGUGGAUUCUGGAAGCCCAGAGUUCAAGGAAGGAAACUUAGUUUGGGGGCCAACAACAUGGGAAGAGUGCAGUCUCUUUACAAAUCUUGAUACCCUUGGUAAAAUCGAGCACACUGUUGUUGAUAUUCUGAAGAAUAAGUUGGGAUUUGACGAGGAAUUUCAAUUACAACGAAGAACCAGACUUGGAUGCAGCUUUAAAAAGUUGUACUCUAAGUUCUUGGAACAUACGCUGCCUUAUGUCCGAGAAGGAAAGAUUGUUUACAUGGAAGAAGAAAAUGAAGGAAUUGAGAGUGGCCCUGGAGCCUUGGAAAGGCUUUUUACAGGCCAGAUUACUGGAAAGGGAAUAAUUGUUGUUGCUCGUGAUUAA